AUGCUCGCAGGUGACGUGGGUUGUGGGCGGCGGCUGCACGGGAAGGUUCUAUGGAAAAAGGUCAAAGUGGUCGUGAACACGUCCAAGUUGGACGAGAACCAGCUGCGCAGAUACCAAGCGAUUCAGACCCACGCGCUGCAAGCAGCCCAAGCGCAGUUGGUCGCCGACGGACAGCACUUGACCGACCUCGCCAAGCCCCGCAACGACGACGACGGCACCCUCUACUCCCGGGAAUCGCUCGUCCUUCGGUAUGGCCUCCGUCGGCAUCCAGGGAUUGUGAAUGCUGUGCAAGUGUUGUGGGACUUUGAUGGGCCGCGCGACGACUUGGGCUGCUUGGAGAAGGGCGGGUACGUGGCUUUCUACCUAUGCGUGGCCAAAUACUUGGACUCGUCGUUUCAAAUGGCCUCCGCCGCCGCCACCGUGGAGGCAGAGUGGGAAAUCGACCGCAAAGGGUGCGACGCGCUCAGUUUUGUGAUGUUUUUCGACAGUUUAUUCCAGUUGGCAGAUUUGUGGGUCGACAGCUUGGACCCGGCGGAUUACGUGGCGUUCUUAGAUGGCAUUACAUCGUCCAUCUUUGUGAUGGACGAAAGGGGUCGCCGCCGGCUCAAGGAGUGCACGGACAUCAAAUGUAUCCAACAAGGUAGCGACAACAGCGAUAGCGAUGACGACAGAGAUACCCCCCUGCAAAGCAAAUCCACGAAAGCCAAAGCAAACCAGAGGCCGACCCAAAUUAGUGUACAGGUGGACAUUCCUAAGAAACAUCCACGGAGGGUGCCGCCGUUGGCGACCACGUUGAACAAGUCGAAUCCAAUGGCCACGAAAGCAAAUUACACUUCCCCUACGCCUGCAAGUUCAAGUAAACGACAGGCGGGGGGAGGUUCAUCGUCUACUAGUGCGUCGUCGAAACGCACAACAUCCAAACGCCCAGCUCCCACUUCACAGGCGAAACCUCGAACGACCAAGGCCACCGACGCCCCAUUAGCCCUAGCCCCAGAGAAACUACGUUCCGCUCGGGAUAUCAUUAUUAUGCCGUUGACGCCUUCACCAACCCCGGACGACUCCUCCACGACCCCCAACGACCCAAAUUCAAACGAUGCUCCUGCUGAAGCCCCAUCGUCUGCCGUGCAUGCUGCCGCCAAUAGUCACCAAAACCAGCUCAGCACCAGCAGCAGCAGCCACCAAUCUGACAUAAUCGACGAAGAAGAAGGCGAUGAUCAGACGCUAGACGACGAGACGGCAAUCGACAAGCACGCGAUUGCAGUGCGAUUGGUUCGGUUUGCGUCGGCGCAUCAAGUGCUGACACAGUCGAGCCGACGACCGCGUCACACAUCGCUCAACGCACGUGGCCACUUCAACAUCCACCAGCUUACCCAACAGCCGACACCCGACAGCUUGCGCGUGGGACGGCAGAGCUUCAUGCAAAGCGCGAUGCCGCAGGGUACGUCCGCCGCGACGGAAGGCGCCCCCGACGAGUUUGCACAAGGCAAACGAUGCCAGUCAGGAGUUGACGAAGGGGAAGCCACGACUCCUCGGCCGUCGGAUUUGGUUGUGGACGAGAUCAACCAAGCCAACACGAUCCGGGUGCAAAUUCAGCCGUCGUCUUUUGCGGCGCUUCGGCACUCGCCCAACAAAUUGCGCGGCGGCGCCCUGAUCAAAGCCAAAGCAACUUGUUCGAGUCCCAAAUUGCUGGAUAAUGGAUUGUCUGCUACUGCUGGUGGUAUAUAUGACAAGCUCGUCACGUCGUUGGGGAGCCCCCCCAGACUCGAACAGCACACGGAGGCUCUUGUCGUGGGCGUCAGGUUGACCAAGCCGCCCCUUGGUGUUGACGCCGCUGCACUUGAUUCCCCACAACUUCUUCAAACUGGGGGAUCGCCCGCCCCCUCAAUGUCUUCGUGCAUAUUGACGCGGUCGCUGCCCAUCUUUCGCGGCUCGAACAUGUGUCCGAUAUCUGUGACGACGUCGUCGUCGGGGAACGUCAUGUAUCAAGCUCUACCGCAACUCGUCGACGCACCUCCCGCCGCCCACGCGGCGCUCUUGACCAUCAACCGACGGGAAUUCCACCUCGAGCGCGACCAGUAUUUUGACAAGCCCGUCCCCAGUCGCAUUGCCAUGCUCAAACAAAAGCAACGCGUGCACCAAGCGCAGAACUUUGCAGGGCGACUUUCAGACAACUCGAUCGUAUGGGGCAGCGACGAGAACUCGGCAUAA